UCUCCUUCUGUAAGACAAGUGCAUUAUACAAAUAAAUACUUUCUUCGUAAAAAUGCAGCUUAAGUAAAUAGCUUUCCUUGUAUUGAGAAUUCUUAAGAAAUGCAUGCAAGUUGACAGAUUUCUUGGUUUGACAUUGUUUAGCUCUGCAUUUAUCUACUCCUUUUUUUACUAGAAUGUCUUUUUCAAACUUCUUGUUGCUUGGAAUUAUAUGUUACAUGUAGAAUACUAAUCCUCUGAUAUUUAGUGCAUUUUGCAUUUCUCUUUUCUUUUCAGUUACCAGCGACCUAUCGUGCCAGCUCUGUAUAUCAGCAUGCCACUGGUUAUAACCAGUAACACCCAGUCACAUGCCCAUAGACGCUCUUUACACCUUCCUCACUCACACCCCCUAACACCGGUACCUUCCAACACACUCACAUCAAACAGUCAUUCUACUAAAAUGAGCACAUCUGUUGCACACACUGUAGAAAAUAACUCCACCCCUAGCUCACCUAGGCAAAGAUCACUCACAAUUAGCCACACCCAUCCUCUAACGGCUCCGCCCAUGUCUAAGUUAUCACCAUCAGAUCACAGCUCUGAGCGUUCGCAUUUUGCCUUUGAUUUCACUUACAGCUCUCCUGUCCCAGAGGAAAACCUAGCGCCCUCCUCCCCACCAGUAUCACAUGCACGUAGUACAACCUCCCCUAUGAAAGUUACGGGGCCUCCAAGUGGACCGCCAAACAAUAGGAGGUCCUCAGAUUCAGAUAUAAGCACUCCGCCUAAAGGGAGCAGUCUUGCUGGAAGCAGUGGAAGUGGGAGCGGAAGUGGAACCAAAAAUUUCCCCAAACCAUGCUCGCAGCAGAUUAAUAUUGAACUUAUGAAGUAUCCAUUGUUUACAAUGACAUCUUUUCCCCCUGGUUUUAUCAUACAUAUAGGUGGUGUGGUUGCUGCCAGGUCCAUAAAACUUCUAGAUAAAAUACACAACCCAGAGGAGCCGGAGACGAGAGAUGCCUGGUGGAAUGAGAUACGUACUGAGAUUCGUUCGCAUACCCGCGCCAUGGGUUGUCAUGCUGUCAUUGGUUACUGUGAAUUAACUUCUAUCUGUGAUGAAUUAAUACUGCUGUCAGCCACUGGCACAGCCGCCAAGGUCAACUUGAACCUGGACCAAUAUCUGCAACCCUCCGUGGUCGAGGGAUUUGGAGCAUCGCGAAUGGUUUGUGAAAGUUCAUUCCAUAGUUUAACACAUGAAGGAAUUACAGAUCUAGAAUAA